GCGGAAUUCUGGGAUUUCGGAGGCUUCCCAAGAAUGUGCAGAAUGUGGAGUUUUUCAGUGGGACUCUUACAUCAGCUCCGGACGGAGAGAGAGGCGCCUGGGACUGCGAGACCUACCGCUCGCUGUCACUGACAGCCUGCAUUACGUACGGGCUUCCCUGGACAAAUGGUUUGAUUGAGGAAACGCUGAAAAAAAUCCGAGGACUCAGGAGAGGUGGGGGUGCAGGUUCAGGCACCGGGAAGGAAGAAGGGAGGCUACGUGUUGCUGAGAGGGAUCCGUGUUGUCAAACUGAGACGAGGCACAGCUAACGCUUACGCUUUCUGUCCUGCAUGUGGUAGGAAUGAAGAAUCUGGCUGAAAUGAGGCACCACCUUCCUCUGCUUCUGCUCUCCCUUCUAGGAGCCGUGAGGUCGCAAGUCAAUCCCGGUGUGUGUCGUUACCCGCUCGGAAUGUCCGGCGGACAGAUCCAGGAUGAGGACAUCUCCGCCUCCAGCCAGUGGUCCGAAUCCACCGCGGCCCGUUACGGCAGACUGGACUUCGAGGAGGGCGACGGCGCCUGGUGCCCAGAGAUCACCGUGGAGCCCGACCACCUGAAUGAGUUCUUGCAGGUUGACCUGCGCUCGCUGCACUUCAUCACGCUCGUCGGCACGCAGGGGCGUCACGCCGCCGGCAUGGGCAAUGAGUUCGCCCAGAUGUACAAGAUCAAGUACAGCCGCGACGGAAACCGCUGGAUCUCGUGGAGGAACAGACAGGGCAGGGAGAUCAUCGAGGGCAACAGGAACGCGUACGACGUGGUGCUGAAGGACCUGGAGCCUCCCAUCAUCGCCCGCUUCGUCCGCUUCAUGCCUGUGACGGACCACUCCAUGAACGUGUGCAUGAGGGUGGAGCUUUAUGGCUGUGAAUGGCUCGAUGGCUUGGUGUCCUACAGCGCCCCCGCAGGCCAGCAAAUGAUCUACGAAGACCUGCAGGUUCAGCUCAACGACUCCGUGUAUGAUGGGGCUGUGGGCUACAGCUUGACCGAAGGGCUAGGCCAGCUGACCGAUGGCAUGUGCGGCCUGGACGACUUCACUCUCAGCCACGUCUACGCCGUCUGGCCUGGCUACGACUAUGUGGGCUGGAGCAAUGAGAGUCUCCUCAUGGACCAUGUGGAGAUCAUGUUCGAGUUCGACCGCAUACGCAACUUCACCACCAUGAAAGUGCACUGCAACAACAUGUUCACCAGUCGGGUGAAGAUGUUCCGGCAGGUGGUCUGCCGCUUCCGCUCGGAGUCGGACUGGGAACCUACGUCGGUCUCCUUCAGCCCCGUGAUGGACAACGUUAAUCCCAGCGCUCGCUUCGUUACCAUCUCCCUCCACAACCAUAUGGCCAGCGCCAUAAAAUGCCAGUACUUCUUCGCUGACACCUGGAUGAUGUUCAGUGAAAUAACUUUCCAGUCAGAUACGGCGAUGUACAAUACCACCCUGCCACCCUCAAACACUGACCCCCCAACAAGCACUCAGCCAGGUGACGACCCUACUCAUAAAGUGGAUGACAGCAACACAAGGAUUCUGAUUGGUUGCUUGGUGGCAAUCAUCUUCAUCUUGGUGGUCAUUAUAGUUAUGAUUCUGUGGAGGCAAGUUUGGCAGAAGAUGCUGGAGAAGAGUGAAAUCUACACCUACAGCAGCAACAACAACCAUUCAUCGUCUCCCAGCGAACAGGAAUCCACCUACGAGAGGAUCUUCCCCCUCGGCCCAGACUACCAGGAGCCCUCACGCCUCCUCCGCAAGCUGCCUGAGUUCUCCCAGGUCACAGAGGAGGCCGCGGGGACCAGUGUAGCCUCAAAACCAUCUCAAGCCAGUGGCCAGGAAGGCGUACCUCACUACGCCGAGGCCGACAUCGUCAACCUGCAGGGGGUGACGGGGAGCAACACCUAUGCCGUGCCCGCCAUCACGAUGGACCUGCUGUCCGGGAAGGACGUGGCCGUGGAGGAGUUUCCCAUGAAGCUGCUGAGCUUCAAGGAGAAGCUUGGGGAGGGACAGUUUGGAGAGGUGCAUCUCUGUGAGGCAGGGGGCAUGCAGGAUUUCUUGGAAGAGGAUUUCUCUUUCGACGUCAGCCCCGGCAUGCCCGUGCUUGUAGCUGUGAAGAUGCUGAGAGCAGAUGCCAACAAAAAUGCCAGGAAUGACUUCCUGAAAGAAAUCAAGAUCAUGUCACGGUUAAAAGACCCCAACAUCAUCCGUCUGCUGGCAGUGUGCAUUUGCGCCGACCCCCUCUGCAUGAUCACAGAAUACAUGGAGAACGGGGACCUUAACCAGUUCCUGUCUCGUCACGAUCCCAUGGUCCAGGCAGCCUUCUUCGGGAAUGCUGCCAUAGUCACUUACAGUAACCUGCACUACAUGGCCAUGCAGAUUGCCUCUGGCAUGAAGUACCUGUCCUCACUAAACUUCGUCCACCGAGACUUGGCCACACGCAACUGCUUGGUGGGCAAGAAUUACACCAUCAAGAUUGCCGACUUCGGCAUGAGCCGUAACCUGUAUAGUGGGGAUUACUAUCGCAUCCAGGGCCGGGCCGUGUUGCCCAUCCGCUGGAUGUCCUGGGAGAGCAUCCUCCUGGGCAAGUUCACCACCGCCAGUGACGUAUGGGCUUUCGGCGUGACCUUGUGGGAGAUCCUGACUUUCUGUAAGGAGCAGCCCUACUCGCAGCUCUCCGACGAGCAGGUCAUCGAGAACACUGGCGAGUUCUUCAGGGAUCAGAAGCGACAGAUCUACCUGCCCCAGCCGGCCGCCUGCCCCGAUCCCGUCUACAAGCUCAUGCUGAACUGCUGGCAAAGGAACGCCAAGGAGCGGCCGCUGUUCCAGGACAUCCACCGCGUGUUGCUGGAGUGCCAGCCGUGACCAUGGCGGCGGCAGCGGAGAUGGGGGGGCAUGCGGGGGGGGGGGCACCUCAGUGCACUGCUCAGACGAUUGUGCCCAGCGGGCCCUUUGCCGGAUACUUCCGGGUUCUCAUGCAGGCGGGCGUUCCUCUCCCCUUCUGUGAGAGAGUAGUUACUGCUGUGUAAAUAUCAUUAUUUUCAUAUUUGGGCCAGAAUAGGGGCAGCCUGAAGUGCUUAGGGGAGGGGAGGGUUCGGCAGGAAGGGUUAUGGGCUGGCAGGAGGCCUGGAAGCACUUUUGAAACGACCCGACUCCAAAUUUAAUCUAGUAACCCAGCGAAAAAAGUUCUGUUAAAAAGGAUACCCCUGGUCACCUACCUUCUCAAAGGUUUUUUCCCCCCCUGGAAUUAAUUAGAUUGAUAGUAUUUGCUAAUAUAGCAAUAUUACUGUCAUGAAAGGGGCUGAAUUCUAUCAUGAUUCCUUUUAGUCAAAGAAAAAUCGCACGAAUGUCACAUUUCAGGCCUUGUCCACAAAAUGUCACAUUUUCGGCUUUUGAAUAAUAAAAUAGCCAAUAUAUAAUUUUGUUGUUAUAUAGGUCUGGAAGUUGACUUUUUGUAUAUGGGUUAGGGUUUGUAAUCAUAAGGGACAGUUUUGAAAUCAUAGCCGUCCCUUAAGAGUUCUUAGUGGAUUUUAGGGAAUACUUCGCACAUUUUUAUGUUUUUUGUUUUAUUAAGGAAUGAGGGCAUGUCUUGUUGUUCAUUUUCCUGUGGGACUCAUUUCAAUGAAACUCAAUAUGCGUCAGCACAGGAACAAGGGCAUUGUGUAAUGUAGGUGAAUUAAAUAUUCAUAGUUUUAAUACAAAGAAUAAUCUCAAAUAUCACUUUGUAUCAGAAUAUCUGCUAUUUUAAGCAACUUUGUGCAGUAGGUUUGCAGUGUUAACUUUCUACAAAUCUUGUUGCAUUUUUUUUUUUUUUAAAUAACAGUGAUGAUAAUGUGCUUUUAUGUAAUUUAAGGUCCACAGCAAUACUUAGUUUCAGUCUCGAGUCAAACACUGACAGUUUCUUGCAGGUAGACUAGUAUACAUCUUACAGUAGAGGCGCGAUAUCACGCUCAACACAGACCUGGAAUUAUGGAAUAGUCCAAUUAAACUACUUCAAGCUCGGGAAAUUCGGUAUGUUUGUCAUAUUUUUAUUUUUCGCUAGUGGAAUCAUACUCUAAGUGCCUUAAAAUGUUAUUAAUGUUAGUACUGAUUAAUGUUAAAUAGUGAGUAUCAAUAUUUCUAUUACUACUAUUUGAAUGUUGUUAGGCAGAGGAUUUUAUUGUGGUUUGGACAUUUAAUAGUGCAUUAUUUAUACAGUGCAGGUCAUACAGCAUUUACCCUGGACCAUGUUUCCAUGACGCGCAGGUGAGAAUUUUAAUGUUUCAUUGUCUUCACCCCCUGAAAAACAGAAAUGCUAUAUAGCCACUUUGUUCACGGUCAGUAGAUGUCUUGCCUUAAGCCUCAAACUUUGCAGUCAUAGCACAGCACAUCAUAGAAUAAUCCAGGGUUUGUAUAGUCACUCAACACACUUGCAUGAGAAUCUAACCACCCAAAGCACAUUUCCUGGCCUGACGUGUCUUCUUAUGUAAAUUUCAGUUCCAUAAACUCAUCUCUAAGUUAUAGCAAUUUUAACUCAAUUCAUAGCUAUUAAUGGUAAUAGUUCACUUCACAGAAAACCUGCGUUCAAGGGAAAGAUGUCAAAUGGACUGGUAAACUCAAGUUUUUCUCUGCAGGACACAGCACUGUUUAAAAUAAUCUGUGAGCUAGAGGAAUGUAUAGAUGUGCAAGGGAGUGAAAGAGUACGUGAGAUGAAAAGGAGAGAUGUCGAAGAUGCUCUUCAGCGUACGCAAAGAGCAUGUUUGUGCGUUUGGUAUAAAAUGAGUAUGAAAAUAUGCUUGAUUUCAUUAGUACAUGAAAUGGUAGCUUUCUGUUGUGUCUGAAUGUUGCAUUGAUAACGAAACACGCGUUAAACUUCUGGGUGUAUAUAAUUUUUGCUGUUUUUUUUUUUUUCGUUAAGGGAGUUGUGGAUUUAUUGUACCGUGAAAUUAGGAAACUGAAGGACAGUUCGUUCACAUGGUAGAUUAGCUGAAAACAUUAUCUACAGCUGAAUGGUUAUUACAGGCUGGCAUAAGUGUUGACGUCUGGUGUUAAUGAAGAACUCGGCUAUGUGAUCGGAUGCCUCUUUUAGGUUUGAACAGCAACAAAAGGACCACUCUGCAGAUAGUUAUAUCUAGCAUACUACUGUAAGGAUCGGGUCCUAUUUAUCUAAUCUUGUAGUCUGGGAAAAGGUAUUCAUAUCUGACUGGGUAAAGGGGCUUUAUAACUCCAGUCCGCCCAAUCAGGCAGCGCAAACUCCGCAGAUAUGCUUUUUCCAGCCACCAUAUGUCCGCUCUGCUCUGCUAUAAUGCAAAGGCAGGCAUGUCCUAAGACCCAGAGUCAUGUGCAUUCUGAUUAUCAGUUGCACGUUGAUGCUGUUCCUGAAAGAGAAAGACCACUUGUGGCAGACCUGGGCGAAAGCUGACCAGGGGGCCAUAUUCAGCCCAUAAUGAUAUUUUACUGGUCUGCUUGAUAAUAAUAAAAAAAAUCAAUUAAAAAGUAUUACAUUCAAAUGUAUGGAGAUUUUUUUUUUUAAUUAAUGAUGUAUUUUACGUUAAACAUGAACAAUGCACUGGUUCUGUUGAUUUCUGCGAAUAUUUUCAAAAAAAGGGAAAAGUGAAACCAAGCAAGUCCUGUUAUUGUACAGUAGCUUUCAGGUGAGGUGGGCAUAAUCAUUUUGAAACAUCCCACGCUGAUGUGGUGAAGCUCAGAUUUGUCACUCCGUAGAAAACAAUUGCCCACGGCUGGCUUAUGGUAAGAGUAGCUAUGAUUAAAUUUGAACAAGCUCUAGCAUAAACUGUGGGACGUUCAGACAUGAAUUGCCUACCCUGCGUGACGUCCCAUAGCCUUUAACUACACAGAAUCCACUGGAACCCUGACAUUAUUGGAAUGUUUCUCUGUUAUAAAUCAAUAUGUUUAAAAUUAGACAUUUGAUAGUAUUUGCCCUUUGGCGUAUUUGAAACCCUCAAAACCUCCUGUUAAUUUAGCUUAUUUACUUAUUUGCAACCACAUCCUAUAAUAACUGUUAGAUCUUGAUAAAAAGUUAGUGUCAAAUUGAGCUUCAAUUCAUAAACCAUAAUGGUAACAAAUUCAAAAAUGACCAAAGCCAUAACUUGUUGAAACCACACAAUAGCUAUCUUCAUGUUUUCUUUAGACUGAGGGAUUUAUUUUCUAGCCAUUAGUUUUGCUUUUAUAAAUGUAGUAUUUGUGUAUAACAUCAUACUGGUUUUGUCAAUCAUAGUAACAUACUGACAGUGACACAGUUCUGUAUAGUAAUUAUUGUAUAGAGCUUAUUUUGUGCACUACAUUUUUUUUUUUACAAGUUUAGUGGUAAUUUGUUUUAUUCUGUUAUUGUAUCCAGGUAUUUGUUUUGCAUAUUAAAAUCGAAUGAUUUCAAAAUAUAUACAUGUGAUGUUUUGUAUUUGUAAGUCUUUAAAACGGACAAAAUACUUUGAAUUCCUUUUUUGGGAUGAUCAGUAAUUUAAAGUCAAUGAUCAAUUUAAAUAUGAUUGCAAUGCAAACCUUUGUUUCAUUUGCUGUUCUUUAUCGUGCUAUUUUAUAAAAUAAUUCUGCAACUUAAUGAAAACAUUGCCGACUCACUGAUGUUGGUUAAUAAACUAAAUGCAGUUUAAUUUUCA